UCUCCUCCCUCCACUCCCCAGAAACCAUCGGCAUCAGCUUCUCCUUCUCUUCGUCCGUUACUCCCGUUGAAGCCCACGCACCUUGUUGCUUUCUCCCACCGCUUCUUCGGUCUCUCCCCUGUGCUGGUCCGCUCUCUCGUCAUGACGAACCACGCCGCCUUUGCUGCCGAGGACGCGGUCACCGCCGUGGCGGCGCCGGCGCAGCCGGGUCGCCAUUUCGCGUCCUUCCCGCCGCGGAGGGCGCGCGACUGCAGGAAGGCCUCCCUGGGCCGCAUGGACCUCGCCACCUCGGCGGUGGUGAUGGCCGGGUCUCUGCUGGACUCGAUGAAGGCCUCCUCGCCCCGCCACGCCAUGUCCCCCACCGGCGCCGACCAAGAGGAGUGGAUCGAGAAUCACCCGUCAGCAUUGGAGUGGUUCGAGGGCGUGCUGGCGGCGGCCGAGGGGAAGCAGAUCGUCAUGUUCCUCGACUACGACGGCACCCUUUCGCCGAUCGUCGAGGACCCUGACCGCGCCGUCAUGACUGAGGAGAUGAGGGAGGCGGUGAGGGGCGUCGCGCAGCAUUUCCCGACGGCCAUCGUGAGCGGGCGAUGCAGAGACAAGGUGUUCAACUUUGUGAAACUGGAGGAGCUGUACUAUGCCGGGAGCCACGGCAUGGACAUCAAGGGCCCCACCAAAGUGUCUAACCACAAGGCAAAGGCUGACGAGGUUCUGUGCCAGCCGGCGACCAAGUUCUUGCCUGUCAUCCAGAAGGUGUAUAAGACGCUGACGGCGAAGAUGGAGUCCAUCCCGGGGGCCAUGGUGGAGAACAACAAGUUCUGCCUCUCGGUGCACUUCCGCUGCGUCGAGGAGGCGGAGUGGGACGCUCUUGGGAGGGAGGUGAAGGCGGUGCUGGACGUCUACGAGGACCUCGAGAUCACCGAGGGAAGAAAGGUCCUAGAGAUCCGGCCCACCAUCGAGUGGCACAAGGGGAAGGCCCUUCUGUUCUUGCUUGAGUGUCUUGGCUUUGCGGGGCGUGGCGACGUUUUCCCGAUAUACAUCGGGGAUGACCGCACAGACGAGGAUGCGUUCGAAGUGCUGCGCAACAUGGGACAAGGCAUCGGGAUCCUUGUGACAAAGUUUCCAAAGGAGACUAGCGCAUCCUAUUCUCUGCGUGAGCCUGCUGAGGUAAAGGAGUUCCUGCACAAGCUGGUGAAGAGCAACGAGACAAAGAAGGGUUAAUUCAUCAGCUAGCAGCCUUCUAGCUCUAACUCAACAUGGAGAUCGAGCAGGCUAUAUAUCUAGUACAUCAAGUCUAGCUUGUUUCCUUUUUGGACUUGGUGUGUCUUUCGUUUCAUCUAGUAGAACAUUGCAUGCAUGCGUAUUGGGAUCGAUAUAUAAGAUCCAGAUCGAGCAGUGACCCUUGCUAGGCCUUGGCUCCGAAGGUUUCUAUUACUGUAUCCUUCUCGCAAGGUCUUGUAAUUAGCCCUCCGUUAAUUUUUGUUUUGCGAAUAGCCUUCCCUUAUUAGCUAUGACAGAAAUGGGAGUGACAAAGUAGCCCUCCUUUUUCUCACCCUACACUAUAAACUUGUUCUAUUACUUGUUUCAUCGUUAGCUUGUUAUGAUGUGAUCUCCGUUGAGAAGUUGUUAA